AUGCUCUUCGUUGACGAUAUCGUUCUAGUCGCAGAAACUAAGGAGGAGCUUAAUAGAAAAUUGGAAGAGUGGAGGGUAGUCCUAGAGGAUAGAGGGUUGCGCAUAAGCCGUACGAAGACAGAAUAUUUGUGUUGCAACUUCAGUGGGAUAGAACCGAUAAGUGAACCAGAGAUGACCUCAGGGGGAGAAGUUGUUGCGUCUAUGUCCAAGUUCAAAUACUUGGAAUCGAUAAUUCAAAGUAAUGGAGAGAUUGAUGGAGAUGUUACUCAUUGUACACAAGCGGGUUGGCUAAGUGGCGAGACAGAAUGUUGGCCCGUAAAGAAUGUUUUCGAACAGAGAAUGGAUGUUACAGAAAUGCGUAUGCUGAGAUGGAUGUGUGGACACACAAAGAGAAAAACAUAUAACGCCUCAGUGAGAAGGAUCGAAAGCACCAUUGUGGAGGGUAAGAGAACUCAAGGAAGACCUAGAAGAACAUGGGAGGAACAUAUUAAAAGUGACUUGCAUGACCUACACCUCUCGAAGAACCUGACCAGGGAUAGGGAUAGUUGGCGACGCCUUAUUCACGUCUUAGAUUUCUGA